CUGGGAUAGAGCGGUAUUGGUGAUUUGGGCCGUCGUGGGUGUGGGGAAGUACGGUGUUGAUUUUGCGCUGUGUUUUGGGGACGAGAUUCCCCGAUAACGUGAAUUUGCUACUUGCUGGCGUCAUGGAAGGCUUGUCCUUUUCGUUCCUUUUUUCCUUCCUUCGGUUGUGGAGGUAGAUAGGUUUCUCGAUGAGAGGUCUCCACCCACUUCACUUCCCUAUCUUUCACUGGCGAAUAUCGGGGAGGGGAAAGUUAUUCUUGAGAACCUUCACGCGCACACUGGAUGCGAGUGAAAGCAGGAAGAAAUAUGGCCUCACUCGCACCCGAGCCAAGACUCUUCAUGUUUUUCCCUCGCUUUCUUCCUCUCUUCCUCUAUGUUUACCUUCCACGACAACAGAUCAACAGCGUCACACACAACACACAACUUUCAAACCUCGCUCGGCACAAAACAGCUUUUCCAAGCUCGCUCCACCGGUCCAACGGCUCUGCCAUUUCGAGGGAAGAUAUCAAGGUAGCGAAGGUAGCGGCACGGCGCCGUCACCAAAGCAUACGCACCCCUUUCACACUCGUCAUUAGCACUACACCGCUCCUCAAUUUACAGUAUUCCUGCCAACACGACGGAGCCAAACUCGAUCAACUCAGGGUAGCGAUGUCGGCACCGCUCGAUCCCUCCCUUCCUCGCGCUGUCCCUCUUCCUCUUCCUCCUCAUCCGGCAGCACCCGCAGCACCCGCAGCAACCGCAAGUCAAGAAAGCGCAACAGUGACGCCGCAGCCCCACAAAGCACCGCAAAUGCACACACAAUCGCGAGGACCAGAACCCCGACGAAGCUGCACCACUGCGAGGCAGACGCCCGCAGUCUCACAGGUUCCAUGCACGGAUCCGGACAUUGAGAAGGAUAGCACCAUCUACCCCGACUUGGACCGCGAGACGGCCGACGUGCGCGCUACCAUGGCCGAGAUUCGAGACUUGGCGAGGCGGAUGAGUAUUGCUGAUCUAGAUGGGGAUCGCUCUACUCCUGCUCCUGCUCGGACUCUUGGUAGCGGGAAACGAGGAGGAAGAGAGACCGGGAUUCCAGUCCUUAUCGCGAAUCGGAGCAUGGGACACAGUUUGAGCCGUACCAUGAGGCCGUCGAUGUCGGCGUCAGUGUCGGUAUCGGGGUCGCCUAGGAAACACGGCAGUGCUGCUAUCACUGGCGCGUUUCCAGGUCCCACGACGGGAGAGGCAAGGUAUGGGUGCCUCAACCCUAACGAUGUCCCUCUUCUGCGGUCGUCUGCAUGGGGAAACCAGUCUAUGCAUUCCCUCAAACAACACACGUCGAAUACUCGCCUCACGCCCAACAUAGGACGUGCUGCACAACACCCGAAGAUGCCGAAUCCAGCACCUCACGUCCGCUCUCGCACUACCCGUUCGCCCUCCACCCGCACGUCUUACGAAGACUAUCGCGCUCUGCGCAAAAGCGUCCUUGGCACAUCCCUGGGGACGAGGGAGGCUAUCGAGACGGAGAUGCAGCGGCUGAGGGAUACGUAUCGCUACACCCUCGGUCCCCUUCCCAGUUAUGCACCGCUAUUAUUUCCACCAUCUCCUACAGGCAGUUUCGGGGCAUUCACCAGUCUUGCGAUAGCGAGAGCAGCGUACGAUGGCAAGACGGAGACUAACAAGGUCACGAGCAAGAGCGCUGGUGGGGAUGAUUUAAUCAGGCGUGUACUCCGACCCACGAGUGAGAUGGAUAGGUCCAGCGCGGGUUUGGCGGGUACGGCAAAGGGGCGUUGUGCGCUGCGUGGGAGUCUGCGGUUGGAUGUUCCGGUUGUGAAUGAGGAGAUGGCGGAAGAGGAGGAGAUGGAGGAGGGAAGUAAGAAGGGCGAGACAGAUGAGCAGAUGCCCGGAGAACCACUAACGCAGAUGUGGCGCUCGCUAUCUCACUUCCAGCGCGACGAGACGGCUACACGACCGUCAGCGACGUCAAUAACGGGCAGACAGACGCAGACGUUCGGGACGAAGCGUUCACCGUCCUUGUUUGACACUCCUGUCAAGGCUAGUAGAACGGAUAACACUCCCGCUUCCACGAAGCCCGCGCCGAUGAGAGGAUACAUUCACAGGCCCGUCGAGCCGGAAACCAAAUUCGUGGAUGGCAAGUGGAAGCAGAAAAUCACUCCUAGGUGGGACGGCCGCAAAUCGGUCAAUGGGAUAGACAUGGCGGAGGAACCGAUGAAGCCGUCCCGGAUUGACAUUUCUUCUCCGCUACCGAGGCGAGAAGAGAGACGCGGGGAUUACAAGGCGAAGGAUUGGAGGUCGGAGUUGCGUUGGAAUGGAAAUCGAACUGUUUAUGAGGCCUUUGUGCCGCGGCCGGUGGCGAGGGGGCAGGAGGAGAAAAUUGAGGCGCGGGUGACGGAUGCGAUCAGUAUUGCGCGGAUGGUGGAGGAGUGGAAUUCGCCUGCGAGGGUUAAGCCGGGUGCGCGGGCGGGGCGGACACGACUGUCUGGUCUUUCGGCGUAUGUGGGUUCGGAGGAGGCGGGUGGGAAGGAUGGGGGAGAUGGGGGAGAUGGGAAACUUGGCAAAGAUGAGAGGAAUGGGAAGGACGGGAAGACCAAGAAGGAUGAACACGCUCAAGAAGUUACAACUCCCCCCGGCAGUCCUCCACGCUGGAUCACCAACACAUUUACCCCCGAACCCGACCCUAACCGCAAUCCCAAGCGCAGCCCUCCGCCCUCACCCAUCAACACUAACCCACCAACCCUCAGGGACCCCAAAACCUCGUCCCUGAACCCCGUUACACCGGCCCCGAGACACCGCAACCGCAAAAGACACUCCCCGCCCACGCCCUUCACGCCCUCCCGCUCAGUCCUCGCGUCGCUCGACCGUGCUAUCGAUGAUCAUCUGCUCGAGUAUGCGGCUAGAGGUGUGGCGGUUACGCCGGGCGGGCAGAAGGUGAGUGAGCUUCUGGAGAGGAGGUGGGGGCGUGGGUGGAGGGGAUAUGUCGGUCAGGGUUCGAUGGGCGCUCGGGGAACAAAAGGGAUUUGUGGUACGCCUACAGCGGUGAGGAGGAGGGGGUUGGACGGGAAAAGUUUGAAGGAUGUGGAGGGUGAGGUUACGGUUGGAGGAGUACGUGCUGGAAUAGAAGAGCAGAGUGGCGGUAGCGAGGUGCAGGGUAUUGGAGGAGAUGAUGGAAGUACGGAGGGUGCGAUUGAAGACGGGAAAGUCGAAGACGGAGAUUCCCAGACGGAUAGGGACGACAGAGACGAAACGCAGAUUCGGGAUGGCGACAGCGAUUUGGGAGGCGGAGUGGAGGGUUUGGAGAAUAAGGAGAAUCGGCUGCCUGCCAACCAGCAUGAUGCAACUCAUUGAGGAGUAUUGCUUGUCUGGAGACGAUGGACAUGUGUACAGAAUGAGGUGGACAUGGUAGGUAUGUACAUGGGACCUGCGAAUAGCGAGUGCAAGAUAGAUCUUCAGUGCCAUAUCAACCAAUGUCAACUGGUUCAUGCACACCGAACGCAAGUAAACUAUGAAGUCAGAGACAGGGCACCUACUUUA